AUCAUCAUCGGUUUAGGGCGAGGAUACAUGUUAUAAGACAUCUCCGACUGAUGCGAGUUGAACGUCCCUUGAUUUCGCGUAUAUUCCUGAGGCACUUUAUUUGGAGGCUUGGGCCGGUCGAGUAACCCAGCACCGAGUCUUCUAGCUAGCAGGUGGAGGAAUGAUGUUGAACUCCGAUCAGACUGAGAUUCCCGCUCAUUCAGAGACGGAGUCCGUCUUCAGUGACUGUGGUGGUGGUGGCCUAAACGAUUCAGGUGUCAUCGGCUUGUGUGGAGAAACUCGCAUUUGUGAAGCAAACGAUGUAGUGAAACGCGAGCUUCAGCACUUAAGCCGCGAGGAACGGCGCCGCCGGAGAAGAGCGACAGCCAAAUACCGCACGGCGCACGCUACGAGAGAGCGUAUCCGAGUGGAAGCUUUCAACUUGGCCUUCGCAGAGCUCCGCAAGCUGCUCCCGACUUUGCCCCCAGACAAGAAACUGUCCAAGAUCGAGAUCCUCCGACUGGCCAUUUGCUACAUCUCUUAUCUCAACCACGUUCUAGAUGUGUGACCGUUGGGGAUCUAAUUGAUUCUCCUGGGACCCUCUUUAACAAAACUGCUGCUUCUUUCAGCUAUAAAUUGGGACCUCAUGAUAAAAAAUAUCGGGACCAAAUCUUUCUUCCCGCUGAAUAUCUUUGUAGUCCCCCAUCUAGAAUGUAAAGACUGUGGUCAAUCAAAACCCCCCCCCCCGUUGUCCCGAUCGACAUUUUGAUACAUCAAGGUCUGACCAUCUAG